GCUCUCGAGUUCUCGCGGUAUUUCGGGCCCUCUCGCGGGAGUAUCGUUGUGAAGGGCUGCAGCAGAGCUACAGGAUCCACCGGCAGAAUGGCGUUCACAUGUGACCAGUGUGGGAAGACGUGGGCCAAGGCUUCAGCUGUCAAAAGACACUACAGAAUUCACACAGGAGAAAGGCCAUACAGCUGUGACCAGUGUGGGAAGAAGUAUAAACAGUCUGGUGCACUCAAACGACACAUGAGAAUCCACACAGGAGAGAGGCCUUAUGAAUGUGACCAGUGUGGGAAGGAAUUUCAACAGUCUGGUACACUUAAACAGCACAUGAGGAUCCACACAGGAGAGAAACCAUUUGAAUGUGACCAGUGUGGAAAUGCAUUCAUCAGUGCUUCAGCACUCAAAGAACACUACAGAACUCACACAGCAGAAAGGCCAUACACCUGUGACCAGUGUGGGAAGAAGUAUAAACGGUCUGGUGCACUCAAACAACAUAUGAGAAUCCACACUGGAGAGAAGCCAUUUGAAUAUGACCAGUGUGGGAAGGAAUUUAAAUCAGUUGAUGCAUUCAAACAACAUAUGAGAAUCCACAGUGGGGAAAAAUCAUACACAUGUGUCCAAUGUGGGAAAGCGUUUUCUAAUUCUUCCGGUCUCAAUUCACACAUGAGAGUUCACACCAGGCACAGACUAUUUGAGUGUUGCCAGUGUAAAAAGGCUUUUAGAACAUCACAGCAGCUCCACAGGCACUACCGAACGCACACAGGGGACAGAGCUGCUGAGGCUGGAUCAUGUGAACCUAAAGUCAAACUCAAAAAGCUCCAGAUCAGACUUCAGAGACUCCAGACUGUGGAGCUCAACUCUGUGUAGAGUCAACAUAUCUUUUUUGGAUUUAGCUUUUUUUUUUUUUUCACUCAAAGCUUGAAAUGUAUUAUUUUUUUUGGAAGCCGUGAUAAAAACAGGCAGUGAAAAGUAAAAUAAAGAAAAUAAAGUACCUUUUACUUU